CUAGCAGCCACAAGACAAAACUGAAAAACUUAUAUUAUGAUCCCGAACUGUCCGUUGAAGAAGUUCUUGCAAAACCGAAGCCUACAGACGUUAUUGAUACUCAUUGGCAGACUUUGGUUAAUCGUUGGUAUACUGAAGAAUUUCCGAGACUAAGUAAGCAAAACGCUGAAAAUGCUAGCAACAUGAAGACUCCACAUACAUGUGGAAGGAUGAGCU